UAUAUAUGUUUAUAAAAGAGUUCAAAAAUGUACAUUUUAUGUAAUGAAAUUAAGUCAGUGAACGCCAGAGUACUCUAACAUGCAAUUUCAGAAUGUUGUGUACUGUGGUAUAAGUUGGUGCUAUCCGAGACAGAUAUAUCCCGCGUUUGAACGUUUGUAACCGAGUACAUGUAAUUAGAUAGACAUUUGAUGAGGUGCAAUCUUUAACUAGAUUUAGAAGAAAUGAGAGUUUUAUUCGACUUGCGAUUGUAAACCAGUGGUAAACAUGCAAUGCAAAGCUGCGUAUUUGUGCUGCGGUGGGUAUGGUUUAUAAUGUUGAAAUGACUCGUGACUACAUGGUGACAUAAGAAGUUGUACGGAUGUUAUGACUUAUAUGUUACAUUUUGAAAAAAAUCAUGGUGACAAUAAUGGCGAUGGAAACCAAACAGUAACAUAUCAAUAGAAAGUGCAAGGACCCCCCGUUGAUUGGAAACAGACAACCGGAAAGACUGUGGCGUUAUCAAAUUGCUUUAUCAAAUUUUGAUAUGUAACGUUAUUAUCUAUUACAAACAAUAUUGUUACAGGUAAGGCAUGUGUGUGGUUAAAGGACUCCUUUACUCCUUUAUAUUGGAUGGGAGAGUUCAAACGGAAAUGGCUAUAUAUAUCAUAUAUUGUAAAAUAUUAUUAUAUUUUUGCAACACUUCGGAUUCUUACAUCAUUACGUUAUUUUCCAAAAAGAGUCUGGUGAGGAAUAUUGUGACAUAUUUAUAAUAUUCCCUGUUUUCUGUUCAAAAUUCCUAAAGGACGACAAACGGCGCUAAAAACGUCACAAUGUCCCCCACAAACCUCUGCUUGGAAAGUCUAUAAUUAUCAAGUUUUCCUCAAAAUUGUGUUGAUAUUGUUAUUAAUAGGAAGAUCUGAGGGGUCCAAAUAACGACGUUGUGUACAGUUGACUUAUUAAUAAAGGGCCGGCAAAUUCAGUGAAGUAACCAUUACUGUCGUCGAUAGGACGACCCUUUCUAUUCAGAUUCAGAAUAAACAUUUCUGCUAUAAUCCUGUCACACAGUCUCGACAAAUACAUUCAUUCCACCUUUGUACCUAAUCUUCUUCACUAACCUAAUAAAAAGGUCAUUUUCUUGAGCAAUCUAAUCAAUUAGCACCGGUUUGGAGGCCAUAUAACUUAUCGUCAGCCAGUUAAUCCAAUAAUGAGGACACUUCUUGCCACAGUCAGCACAGGUCCGACCGGUUUUCCGCGGCUUGGUCGCGACAAUUGUAGUAAAGCCACAUGUACGAAUUUAUGUGAACAAGCUACACGUCGGUUUGAACAGUUCUCCCAGUGUAACUGCUGCUGUUCCGAGAUUUUCCUACGUUGUGAUGAAACCUGAGACCAGGCGGUUAAGUCGUGCCUGGACUGGAUAUGAGUCGUGACGCACGCGUGCAUCGGUCCCAAUGACGCCAAAGAUCGCAUCAAAUUGUAUUUUGUAGCUGCCUGAGGCAAUGCAGACUGACUGUAUGGGAACACCGGAAAACGUCGCAACAGACAUGAUGCACACAUUAAAGACCAAACGGAAACUUUUGAAGAUCUUUCUGGUGACGAUUCUUGUCCUGGGUGCGGCUCAGGUCGCGUUCCGAUGCCAGAAGACCCCAAACCAAGACUGGGAGGAAGAAACCGCCAGCCGUUUGGAUGUUCUAUGGAAAAGGUUGCCCUUCGACAACACCGGGAACCAAUCUUUAGUUAUCAAUGCCUCCACUAACAGCCAACAGCCAACAAGACGGCCAAAAAUGAAGCUCCGGCUUCUGCCCAAGAACACGGCGAACAGGACAGGAGCUUUCUGCUUAGACGGCUCGGUUCCCGGGUAUUACUUCGAGCCGGGUGUUGGUGACGCCGUGAGGUCAUGGGUCAUCUACCUGCCAGGCGGCGAGGCGUGCUUCACGUUAGACAACUGUCGAAAGCGAGCAGUUCAGACCAAGGGCCUGGGGGCGGGCACCACCAGGAAAAUGGCCAAUACGACGAACGGUCACGGCUUGAGAAGUACAAAUAAAACCAUCAACCCGGACUUCUGGGACUGGAACAUGGUGGAGGUGGUCUACUGUGAUGGCUUCUUCUUCUCGGGGGACAGAGCCGAUGUGGUUGUGCACGACGGAAGAGAGUUGUACUUCCGGGGCAAGCGGAUAUUACAGGCUGUGGUUGAUGACCUUUUGAGCAGAGGCCUGGCUCAAGCCACUGACGUCAUAUUCCACGGAUUUUCAGCCGGUGCCGCGGCGGUGUUGAGGCAUGCCUCCUGGGUUCGACACAAGCUGCCCGAGACCGUGAACUUCAAAAUCUUCGUGGCGUCGGCGGCCCUCCCGAUGUUACCUAACGUCCGCACCGGGACUUACUUUAAAGAGACAACGUUAGUCCCGGCCAUCAGGAUGCACCACGCGGCCAGAUCUGCCCCAGAAGCCUGCCUCAGAGAAGCGGACCCUAGCGGUUUGACGAUGAAGUGCCACGAGCCGUUCAACCUGCUCCGGUACCAGGAGGCGGACCUGUUCGUGGCCGGGUACGUGUACGACGCCUGGCUCCUGGACAACAUCUUGGAAGCCAGGUGCACUCCCAAGACGUGCAAAGGAGCGAGCGAGCAAGUAGGGCUGAAAAAUGUGAGCCUCGAAAUCUCCGAAACUCUUCCAAGUUUGUUGAAACCCCAGGAUGGACUGUACAUGGUUAACUGUAAGAAACAUUUCAUAAUUACGGAUCACAACACGUGGAGCGCGGGGGUGCUGUUGGGAGGAAUGACGGCUGCAAAGGCGUUUACUGACUGGUUCCACGGACGGGGGAACAACCAUAAACACAUGGACUGUGUCACGUUCCAAUGCUACCCAAACCCAACAUGUCGGAAAGCAAAGUUGUGACAGACCUGAUAUAGCCUUAUCUUUAUUCUUGGUAGAACAAAAGACUGUAUUUAGAUUGUAUGUGCCCAUGUAAUUAUGUCUACUGUGAACAAGUGCCAAAAUUUGUUGUUACUGCUGACUUGUAGUCCAGCGUGAGUUGAAGCACACUGUGACGUAAACCUCUUCAGUUUAUGCCUUCGCGUGAUGUCAACAUUAUAUGUUUUAAGCAUAGUGAUAUACAGAAGCAGCAUAAACACUGUUGUAUAUAUCUUCAACCAAUAGUACACAAACGUGUCAAAAUGUUACAGGUGUGAGUACAAGCCAUAAAACACCUUAAGUUGUCCUUCCUUUCAAGGCGUGCUAACAGGUCAUGUGAAAGGUGACCGAAGCCACAUACCUCCAUAGUAAACGUGUCUCAUAAAACGGUUUGUUGUAAACACGCCUCUGUCGUAAACAUGCCUAUUUGUGUUCUACCUGUAUAUUUGGGACAGGAACCCGACAAAGAGAGUCUUGUAUAGACUGUGCUCAUAGGACAAAGAAGUCUUGUGUACACAUAGCCACUGACAUCCUAUCUAACACUGUCCAGACUGGUCGGACAACCCUGUCCCAGAAACCAUUUGUCCGCUGCAACAGUUUUCUGCCGACCCUUGAGUGGCUGCAAUUGCUGAAUCCAAGUCCAUUGUAACUUCUUUAGAUUAUAACUGUGAAGAGUAUAUUUCCGGCUAUCCAAACCAUUUCCUCCUGUGUUCUCCUCUAGACGUCGUGACGGAGCCGAGUAAACUUUAUGAGGGAAACGGGUAUGACGUCAGGUCGAAAACUAGUUUACAAGUACCUGAUCGAACAAACGAGUUGUUUGCCAAUGGCUGAUAAAUAAGACAUCCAGGUGAGUUUACCUUCCUCACCUGCCCCGUGCCCUGACAGGAAGUAGCUACUCAAGAACCCACGCUUGACUCACCUUUACAACCGGAAGGAAAUGACGUCACAUAAUGCAGAUGUUAAUGCGGCAUCACAGGAAGUUCAGGAAAGUAUAAGUUUGUCAAGUUUCUGGCAAAUUUCAGACGAGAGGGGACUGGCAAAGCAAAAGGACGUCACAAGCGAGGCGAGACAACUGCAGAUCGCGGAUCAAACGAACAGUUUGAAGAGGCAAGAAAAGUCUUCAUAAGGACAGCAAAACUUCACAAAAUGAACUCCACUGUGAUGUUUGGGCACCUUGUGCAGACGAUGUCGGAGGAAAGGCGACCGAAGUCCGUCAGGGCACACCAGACCAGCCCGGCGACGACAGAGAGGACCCAGGCCCGCCACGGCUCUCCCGUUGUCCGCCGCUUCCUCGCAUCGCUGUCGAGAUCGGCGUCUUCCGCAAGCUAUGAGCGGCAAAGGAACUGAGCUGGACGUUCUUACUAAGUUAUUUCUUACAUCAGCACGGAGCUGCGUUUCUGUUGCGCCUUUUAUGUUGCCACCUUUGAAAGGGGUUGUUAGGUCCGAAAAACAACUUAUUUCAGCCUCAUAAGUAAGUAAAUGAAAGAACUAGUAUGAUGGUACCAUAAUGUAUUUUAACACCGUACGAUGAAACUAUACAUACAUGCAUCGAAUGGCAUCUAAGUACCGUUGUCUCCCUGUCCUAUAACAAUUAUUUAUGCUUUGUAUGUAUGUAUGUACUAUGGGUGUCUUAAAAGCUAAAUGUAUACAGAAUGCUCAAAGUAAAUGACCAAAAGACUGCGGAAAAAUGGAAAUGA